AUGGGCCUCGCCGACGCGCCAUGGUUUGCCAUCCCACUUGCCACCGCCACGACUGUGAGAGUGGCGACGGCAAUCGUAAACUUCAGCAACCGUCGCGAACUGCAGCGGCGGGCAGGCUCGAAAGCUGCACGUGAUGCCGAGUCUCUUAUUGGCGCGGUUGCCCACCUCGCUGCCCACACUGAGGGCUGCACCUACCCCUCAACCGAGAAUUCAACGGCGGCGGUGAUCGACCUGAACACCAUACCCCGGCGCAUCGUGGUGUCUCAUGCGCGACUGCGCAGUCUCAGUUGCAGUUUACUCCCCCUCUUUGACUGCUACGCUGUUGCGUGUCGCUGCGGUACGGUUCCAGAUGCAGUGAAAGCGGAUGUGUGGAAUUGCCUCUGCGCAGUUGUGGAAGCGCACAUAGAGGCGUACGUCAGCGCCAGUGCUCUAUCAGCAAACAUCUCGGAGGCUUCCACCGCUCUGGCCGUGUGCGAGCUUCUUGCGGGACGGCACUAUCAUGUGUCACGCUUCCUGGAACCCACUCGAGCUUCCUCAGGUCUACUGCUCGGCUCGCCUCCGCGGCAUCUUCUGGUCGAAGCAGUGCGCAAACAUCGUGACGAGUGCAGCACCCUUCGCUCCCUCACUCUCUUCGUACGCCUUCUCCAUGCCACGUGCACGCUCCCUGAGCAGCUGCUCCUCGCCCUCCUUGCUGUCGUGAACAUCACGUACAUUUCGCGACAUGUGCGCAGUACGUCGUCCGAAACGGUGCCGUCGGCGCUCCGCUACACCGUAGAUGUCCUAAAUCAAGCUACAGCGACCGGUGAGGCACACUAUUGUACGUGGAGAACGUUUGUGAGGCAGGUGGUGACUUCGUCACCGGGACGCAUGUUAGCCAGUACCACCCUCGGUGUCGUCGUUUCGCACCUGUUCACCUGCGCCAAAGAAGCCGCAUCAGAUGCCGUGCUUCGCCACUUCCACAUGACCCUCAAGACGGACACAGUGCUGGCGCUCAUGCGGUUCGACUUUGUUGCGGACACACAUUGGCCCCUGCCCGGCCGCGUGUACAGUGCACUCGCUGUGGUCACUAACUUCUCUUUCGCCGACGUUGACCGCUUGUUGGAUGUGGUGGUGGAACGCGUGCAGCGGUGUCGCACCGUGUGGCGGCUCCCGGUUGCAUGCGCGGCGGGGUGGCUGACGCGUCAAGGGCUGGACUGGCUGCAGCGGUGCUGGACGCGUGCCUGUCUCAUGACGUCGUUUGUGGCCCGCUACGGGGCCGGCGGGCGGGGGUGCUGCGCAGCCCCCCGCGAGCGACCGGGCGGCUCCCGGCGUUGCCCACCACCGCCCCCAUGCCGCCCGCAUUACGGCCUCCAAGUCCUGCUACUUGCUGCUGCAUCUCCUUCUGGCGCGAUAUCCUCCCCCUCUGCGGUGCUGCAGCAGCUGGCGGAGCAUACUAGCUGGCCACUCGCGCCGCGCCCCUGCCUCACGGCGACGGAGCGGGUGUUGCAAGUCGUCUCCACUGCUGACGGGGCUGCCGAGGUUCUCCGCGCUCGGUACGACGCCGUACGUGAGCUCUGUAUAUCGCCUACGGAGGAAGCGCAAGCGGCGGACUCCUUUGCCGCCACCUUGAGUCUGCGGCGUGCGAACGGAGACGGCGCAUUGGGGCUCUCGAGCUGGUCGCCGGACCUGGCGGUGGACGUGAUGACCCUUGGAGGCAACCUUCUGGAAGAGGUAAUUGACAAGGCGAUGUCAACCUUCAAUGGCGUCCCAAUAAUGGCGGCUGUUGCCGCAACGGAGACUCCAUUGCGGCAACCGCACGGCGCACCGUCACCGCCGUCGGAGGAUGUCGUGUCGGCCGUCUACGCUGUGACCAGAGUGGUGGACAGUGGCGCCGUAUUCGUCAUGCCGCCGGUGCGAUGGUGGUCGCCGAUGUCGUCUUUCCAAUUCGAUGUGCAAACAGCUCAGUUGCGCUAUCACGAGCACGAGACGUAUGCACAGAGCAUGGCAACUCUCGUGCACGUACAGCACACGCAUCAACCCACCCUCGACAGGCAGCUGUGGGCGCACUACAACACACCGCCAUCCUUGCUGCACCCAAGUGGUGGCACCAGCGCUGCCUGGCGUGUGACAUUCGAUCACGUGUUCUUCCGCUAUCCCGGCACAGAGCAUGAUGUGCUGCACGACGUCACUUUCGAUGUCGCGGCCGGUGGCUUCCUCGGCAUUGUGGGCUACAGUGGGGCCGGGAAGAGUACGCUGCUGUUGCUUCUUUCCCGCGUGUACGCGCCGACGCGAGGACACAUCCGCAUCAAUGGCUACCCAAUCGAGUGCAUGCCGCCGCGCGCGCUUCGUCGCCGACUCGGGCACUGCUGGGAAGGCGCCCGCGGCACCUGCUUUUUGGAGGGUAUAAGCGUGGAGCGCAACGUAGCGUACGGCCACCUAGCGGCGGCCUCUGUCGGCGCCGUCACCGCAGCUCUCGAACAGGCCUGCGUGGAUACGGCGGUUGCUGCACGCCCCAACGGGUUGAGGGAGCCGCUGCGCUGCAGCGAGUGGAGCGGCGGCGAGGUGGCGCGACUCAUGCUGGCUCGUGCGCUUAUGGUGCCUGUAGACGAAGCGGGUAUUUACAUGUUUGAUGAGUGCACCAACGCCCUGGACUCGGUGACGGAGGCCAAGGUGUUUUCAAGCCACCUGUGUCGACGGGGGAACGCCACGCGCGUUAUGGUGUCUCAUCGCCUAGCCUCGGUCCGCGCGGCGGACGAAAUUCUCGUUCUCGCGCAUGGACGCAUCGUGGAGCGAGGCACGUGGACGCAGCUUCUCCGUGGUGGCGACGACUCUCUCUUCUGCACCCUCUACCGUGCGCAGACCGUGAGCUAA